CCACUGGCGCCGGCAGCGCCCGAUCCGCUCCGUCCUUCCCGCUCAUUCCCGCUCAUUCCCGCUCCUCCGCCGCCGCCCGGCCCGCUCUGCCCACCGUCAUGGUGCGCGGCAUCGGCACUUCGCAUCCUCCCCUGCAUCCCGCAGCCCGGGGGCGGCGGGUACCGUGAGAGCCACCGCGCAUCCCCGGCGCUGCGGCGAGGACCGGGCGCACGCAGCUGGAGCUGACCUGUUGCAAGAGCUGGGCUUGUCUCGGGAAUCUUUUUGUCUAGGUCUUUUUUCUUUUCUUUUUUUUUUUUUUUUUCCUUCUCGACAGGGGAAGUUUGCUCCCCAGCCCGUGGCCCGGCUUCCUCCACACCCUUUCCUCCUCCUUUUCCUCCUUUUUUCCAGGAUCCGCUGCUUGGGGCCAGAAGAGGUCUCCCUCGUUCCCCCCGGCCCAGCACUGGAGCUGGGGGCACCCCGCGGGCUCCGGGCUCGCCCUUUCCCCCGGCGGCGGCGGCGGGGCGGCCCCGGGAGUGCGGGGAGGCUCCGCGAGUGCCCCGGGCUGCCGGGCCGCCACCAUGUCCAAAGUGGCGGCGGAAAGUUGCGGGGCAGCGCCGGCCGAGGACUUGUCCAAGGUGUCGGACGAGGAGCUGCUGAAGUGGAGCAAGGAGGAGCUGAUCCGCAGCCUCCGCCGCGCCGAGGCCGAGAAGAUGAGCGCGAUGCUGGACCACAGCAACCUCAUCCGCGAGGUGAACCGCCGCCUCCAGCUCCACCUCGGCGAGAUCCGCGGCUUGAAGGACAUCAACCAGAAGCUGCAGGAAGAUAACCAGGAGCUGAGGGACCUCUGCUGCUUCCUGGAUGACGACCGGCAGAAGGGCAAGAGGGUGUCCCGCGAGUGGCAGCGGCUGGGCAGGUACAGCGCCAGUGUCAUGCACAAGGAGGUGGCCUUGUACCUGCAGAAGCUGAAAGAGCUGGAAGUGAGGCAAGAAGAGGUGGUUAAGGAGAACCUGGAGCUGAAGGAGUUGUGUGUGUUGCUGGAUGAGGAGAAGAGUGGGGGAGCAGGCAGCCGGAGCUCCAUCGACAGCCAGAUCAGCCUGUGCCAGCUGACUGCCACCAGCGCCUACAUCAGAGAUGUUGGGGAUGGCAGCAGCACCUCCAGCACGGGCAGCACAGACAGCCCAGACCAUCACAAACACCACCCAAGCACCAGUCCAGAACACCUGCAGAAACCUCGGGGGGAAGGAAGCCCUGAGCAUCAGAAACACAGGAGUAUCAGCCCGGAGCACCUGCAGAAGCCCAGGAGUUCUGGCAGUCCUGAUCAUCACCUGAAGGGGCCCAGCCCUGAGCAUCACAAAACCAUUGUCAAAGUACCUGAACAACAAAAGCACAGCAGCAGCAGCCCAGAAACUAUCCCAAAGCACGUUUUGAGUAGUAGUCCUGAACACUUUCAAAAGCAGAGGCCUGGUGGUAGCCCUGAGCACCAAAAGCACAGCGGUGGCAGCCCAGAUCACCUUCAGAAGCACACGCCCAGUGGAAGUACAGAGCACCUGCACAAGGUGAGGGGUACGAGCCCAGAGCAUCUCAAACAACACUAUGGAGGGAGCCCAGAGCACCUCAAACACCUCAGCGGAGGCAGCAGAGAAGGGACCCUCAGGAGACAAGUGACAGAUGAGCUGUCCCCUCACCACAGGAGUUUGUACAACGGAAUGAAUGAAUCAACCUUGUCCUAUGUUAGGCAGCUGGAGGCCAGAGUAAGACAGCUGGAGGAGGAAAAUCGCAUGCUGCCCCAGGAUGCCAUUAGGAUGCCAGGAGGGGCGGAGGGGAGUCACUGCUCUGCAAACGAGCCAGCCAACGUCACUGGACAUGGCUCAGCCUCUCAGCAGUCUGACUCAGUGGUAAAUGCUCUGAAGGUUGUGUGGAGGAAACUUGGAGAUGCUGCAGGGUCGUGCCCUGGAAUUAGACAACACUUGGCAGGAAAUCAGUACAAAGGACCCAUGUAAGAGGCCCUGAGCACAUCCUCUCUCUGAAGAGCACGGCCUGAACUGCCCAGGAGAGGGGAAGCACCGCCUGUGUCCGCCGCAAUUCCCAGCUGACCAUGGGGGUCUGCACUGCAAGACGCUGCUGGAAAGGGGGGACAUUCUGCACAGGGGUCUGGCAGGGAGCUGUGUGGCAGUGUCCCCCAAUCCUGCUGUUCCAAUAGCCCAGCUAACGAAGCUCUGCGCCCUCACUGCAACACUCCACCCGUAGAAGCACUGAGGUAUUGCCAUCCUAACCAAAACAUAUUUGGGAUUCUGCAGGCGUUACGCGAAAUAAGUUUUAUUUUGGUUAGUUACAGUGAAUCUCUGAUAGGUCUGAACGAGUUUUCCACUGGAUUUAAGAGAGGUUUCUCAGCAGACUGGAGAGACACUGAUAAACUGUGCCUUUGGUCUCCGCAGGUUUGAGGAAGUCGCUUCUUAGUAACUCACACUUCAGUCUGUAAAGGAUCCGUUAAUGGUGCUUAGGCAAUUUCCAGGUGAUUUUUUUGCUUUGGUAGAAUACCUGCCUUUGGAGGUGCUAAAAGACCAUAAAGUCCUAACCAGCCGGUAGUGUAGCAUAACUACAGUACUUGUAGUGAUCCACAAUUUCUUUCUAAGUGAAAGUCAAGAUAGCUUUCUUUUCAAUUCGCUUUGAUGCACAUCUUCUGAAGAGGUGUAAGGUGUUUAAUGAACGGCCCUUUAAUGAACAGAAUACUUAGGCAUCAUUAUUACAGGUUUCAAGUCAGGAUUUCCAUUAGAAUUUAUUUUGGAAAUUAUAUUCCAAUUGUCAGGAUGCUAAUUUCUACUGUUUAAUUUAGAGACAUGCUGGUUUGUUUAACAAGAGCCUACAAGGAUCUAAAAGAUUGCACUGCAUUAUAAAAAAAAGCUUUUCUUGCCACUGUAGCGUUCUUUCAGAGAAAAAGGUUUUAUUAUCCUCAGAGCAUGCCUUUCAUUAUUAUGAGGCAGAAAGCUCUUGUUCAGAUUGCCUGAGAUUUGACCAGACGGCGCCCUAGAUGUGCUUAGUUUAUUUUUAUCUCUGUGUAUGAUCCUAGUUGUGUGUAUUGAAUUACAACAAUAGAUAUUUUGUGUAUAUCUUAAAGCAAUGAUAGUUUCAUGUAUGAAUGUGCAACAGGCUUGUGACUGAAUGCUGUUGCUUAACUUUUUACCAUAGCUGAGUAUCAAAAAGACUAAUAAAAAUGAAUUAAAAAAAAAAUAGGAAUGCAACAAUUCCUGGGUUUCUGGUUUGUUCCUGGUUACUAAGAUUUGAGCCAAAGUCAGAACCUCUGUUUUUCUGAGCUUGGACUGUAUCCGUGGGCUAUUUGCAGUGAAAUGUAGCUCUGUUGCUGUACAAUCUUUUGUUAUAUAGGAGUAUGAUGUAAAUCUGCUAUCUGUCUUCAGAAAAAGUGUGUUCAUUUGCAGCAGUAAUUCUGUUGGUUUCUGUUGUUAUUUUCACUUGGUACCAUUCCAUGUAAGGCCUCUGAUCCAGCGUUGCUUUCUUGGGAAAACUCCCGUCCACUGCUUCUCCUUGAGUUGGAAGUGCAGAAUCCAGCCUUCUGUUUUGAGCCAUCACCCUCCUGCGUGGUUUCUGCUAUAACCCCCAGCCCAGCCAGCUAUCUGUUCUCUUCCCAGGUUGUUUUUUGCCCUAUAUUGUUUGCAGAGUUCAAUUUCAAUUGUUGUAUUCCUAUCUCUGUAUGUAUGAACAGCUGUAACACCUGUACUUGUGCCUGCACUCUGGACGUGCAGGGGCCAAGCGAGGGACACUGGUCUUUUGACACUACACUUGUGUAAAUUUUGAUACUGUAUUAAAACUAUUUUUUUACAGUUAUGCAUACGAUGGGGUAUCAAGUAUUGUGUUCAUCUUAGCAAUGGUAAUAAAUUAUAGAAUCCCA